GUUUUGUUUACAUUUUGUUUUGUUCACAACGUGUACAUUUGACUCCAUCAUUAAGGGGUUAACUAUAAACACAGGGGAAUGUUUCCAGUUCGGUUACCCUGGCCUUGAGUUUGAAUUCUCUAUGGGUGAAUACCCCUUUUGGAGCAGUGACUCCUGGCAGUGUUGCCUAGCGACUGUCAGUUCCAGUACCUGCCUGUUACCAUAGAAACCAACUCGUUUCCUCCCCCCCCCCCAUGUUGACGUAAGAGCGUGACGUCAGCAAAGGGCGCCCUCCCCGCAUCCCACUGGGCCUAUAGCGACCUCGGGAAUAGCUCUGAGGGUGGCAGCCAAUAGGCGUGCAGAGGGGGUGUGGCCUUCCGUGUCGUAACCAAUCAGUGCAUAGUGGGUCAGACCGGAAGAAGUUUGCCUUCUCCUACACGUGGGUCCGGUGUGACCGGGGCAGGGAGAGCCAUCAUGUCUGGCCUGUUUAUUAAGAAGGGAUCGGAAGGUCCCGCGCGGAGGCGGCGGGCGGAGGUCAGUGAGGCUGGGUGCUCCUGCUGCCUGUAUUUGUUAUUAGAGGGAUAUGGGGGCUCCGUGUCUGCGUCCCCCACACUCAUGGUUUAGAUCCUGUGGACCACGUUGGAAAUUAUGUUCAGCCAUACAAAUGGAUGGCAGAGGAUGAUGGGUAAUGUAGUCCACAGUAUCUGGAGAGAGUUCCUCCUUUUAUCAGUGUGGUGAGCCAUAGAAUUCUGCAGUGUUUUAGGGGCAACUACAAAGUUUGACAUUUCUUUAGCUUGGCAAAGCUUCAUGGAAGUUUUAACCCUGCAUGAAAUGGAUGUUUACCCUGGGACCCCCUUUGUGUUAAGAGUUUAUUUCCAUUAAAUGUUACAUUGCUUGCAAACCUUCACUAUAUUUUGCUGGUGAGUCCUUUCUCACAGACAUGCUUACCAAAGAGUGCAUGUCCUAUGUAAAUAAAGGAAUACUCUAAGCCUCGAUCACUGUAGCUCACUGAAGGGUUUAUGGUGAGUGCUCUGGCACAUUACCAAUGCAAGUGGUCCAACCUUUUUAAGACCAGCUUGACAACUUAUAUUGGGUCUAUCGGUUGCUUAUUCAAGCAGUAGCUCCUACGCGGAGUUAAAUGACCACUAUAGGCACCCAGACCACUUCAGCUUAAUGAAGUGGUCUGGAUGCCUGGUCCAGCUAGUGUUAACCCUUUUUUUUUUUUUUUUUUUUUUUAAUAAACUUAGCAGUUUCAGAGAAACUGCUGUGUUUAUAAAUAGUUUAAUCCAGCCUCUAGUGGCUGUCUCAUUGACAACUGCUCGAGGCGUUUGCGUGCUUCUCACUGUGAAAAUCACAGUGAGAAGAUGCAAGCGUCCAUAGGAAAGCAUUAUGAAUGCUUUCCUAUGAGACUGGCUGAAUGCGCGCGCAGCUCCGGCUGUGCAUGCGCAUUCACCCGAAGAGGAGGAGGAGGAGAGCUCCCUGCCUGCCGCUGGAGGAAGGUAAGAUUUUAACCCCUUCUCCCCAGAGCCUGGCGGGAGGGGGUCCCUGAGGGUGGGGGCACCCUCAGGGCACUAUAGUGCCAGUAAAACGAGUGUUUUCCUGGCACUAUAGUGGUCCUUUAAGCCUGAUUGGGUGUUUGGAGUUUUCAUUUAAUGCAAAGUAGUUAACAGUGUCUUAAGGCAUUGGUGGUUAAAUGGUUAAUUCACACACAAUGACCACUACAGCCUGCAACAGUUGCCUGGGUUUACCUGGGUGUCUAGCCUGCUCUGAAGCAGUGUUCGCGACACAUGGAAACAUAGAAUGUGACGGCAGAUAAGAACCAUUCGGCCCAUCGAGUCUGCUCAAUUUUCUAAAUACUUUCAUUAGUCCCUGGCCUUAUCUUAUAGUUAGGAUAGCCUUAUGCCUAUCCCACGCAUGCUUAAACUCCUUUACUGUGUUAACCUCUACCACUUCAACUGGAAGGCUAUUCCAUGCAUCCACUACCCUCUCAGUAAAGUAAUACUUCCUGAUAUUAUUUUUAAACCUUUUUCCCUCUAAUUUAAGACUAUGUCCUAUUGUUGUGGUAGUUUUUCUUCUUUUAAAUAUAGUCUCCUCCUUUACUGUGUUGAUUCCCUUUAUGUAUUUAAAUGUUUCUAUCAUAUCCCCCCUGUCUCGUCUUUCCUCCAAGCUAUACAUGUUAAGAUCCUUUAACCUUUCCUGGUAAGUUUUAUCCCGCAAUCCAUGAACCAGUUUAGUAGCCCUUCUCUGAACCUCUCUCUAAGGUAUCAAUAUCCUUCUGAAGAUACGGUCUCCAGUACUGUGUACAAUACUCCAAGUGAGGUCUCACCAGUGUUCUGUACAAUGGCAUGAGCACUUCCCUCUUUUUACUGCUAAUACCUCUCCCUAUACAACCAAGCAUUCUGCUAGCAUUUCCUGCUGCUCUAUUACAUUGUCUGCCUACCUUUUAUGUCAUCUGAAAUAAUCACCCCUAAAUCCCUUUCCUCAGAUGUUGAGGUUAGGAUUCUAACAAAUAUUCUGUACUCUGCCCUUGGGUUUUUACGACCAAGAUGCAUUAUCUUGCACUUAUCCCACAUUAAAUGUCAGUUGCCACAAUUCUAACCAUUUUUCUAGUUUACCUAAAUCAUUUGCCAUUUGGCUUAUCCCCUCCUGGAACAUCAACCCUGUUACAUAUCUUAGUAUCAUCAGCAAAAAGACAUACCUUACCAUCAAGACCUUCUGCAAUAUCACUAAUAAAAAUAUUAAAGAGAAUGGGUCCGAGUACAGAUCCCUGAGGUACCCCACUGGUAACAAGUCCAAGCUUCGAAUAUAUUCCAUUGACUACAACCCUCUGUUGCCUGUCACUCAGCCACUGCCUUACCCAUUCAACAAUAUUGGAAUCCAAACUUAAAGAUUGCAGUUUAUUGAUCAGCCUUCUAUGUGCAACAGUGUCAAAACAGUGACAACUGGCUCCUGCAGAGCUGCUGAAGCCUGCUGCCAUUUCUGGCACUCAUUCAUUCAUCCAUCAGUGUCGGCUGAUCGCUUUCUGCCAAUAAAUUACAUUUUGUGAAUAGAGCUAUGCACAGAAUUGACAUUAGCUGGCCUCGGAUAUCCUGUUCUGGGCUGGCUGCUGUCACCACAAUGACUCUGCCGAAAGUGGAAUUAACACCUCUUUGUAACUGUGCAGUGUUUCAUAGCAAAACAUGGCACCUUCUGACUCAAGGCACCAUGAACACUUCAAAUCACUGAAUUGGUCAUUUUGCCUGGAGUAACUCUUUAAAGCAAUUCCAUUGUAACACACAGGAAACCCACACAUUAGCCCAACAAUCCAUUAACCGUGGAAAGGCUACUAUAAAUUAUUUUUAGUCCCUUGUGGUGAUGUCCACGACCUAAAUAACAUCCUAGAAGUUAAUGCAGUGGCUUGAAUUUUAUGUAAUUCCUGGUCGAUUUCUAAACAUUCCCUGAAUAACCCUGAAGGUGCAUGCAUUGCUUGUGUGAUAUGUGUCCAGUCAUAGCUAUUGGAAAGAUCAAAGGUGAAUUCUCUGACUUGUGUAGUGUUUCAGAAUAUAUUUAUGCUCUCUAAUUAGUUUGUACGGUAUUUGGUCUAGUUUAUCACAUAAACAGAGCAAGUUGGUUCACUUUGUGCGUAGUUGAAUGUUUUUCCAAGGGGUCUGAAGAUCAGUAUGUCAAUAUGGAAGGCUUUAUGUGCAUGCUGACCGUGCAUUCUCCCCUCAGGCUGGAAACGCAGAAGUCACAUCAUUAAAGAAAAAGCAAAGAAAAGGUGCAAGCCUAAGGGAGGAGAUUGAGAGUGACUCGGAUACAGAGAUGUAAGUGUCCUACAACUUUUGCUGACAUAGAGUUUAUGAAUAGUGCAUCUAACUUGCAAAAGUGGAGCAAUCGCCAUGGAAACCAAUAUUAUAUUCCUUCUGUUUGCACUGCUCUUCGGUAAACUAAAUCCCCAUUUCAGCUUUUGUUAAUGCACUUCCUCACCAUACAGUGUGCCUGUUCGACAAAAGCCCCAGGAGGAUGAGGAAGACAUAGAGGAGACAGCUCAGGAAAAAAAGCUGCGGCUUGCCAAAGAAUAUCUGAAGCAGUUGCAAGAGCAAGGUGAGACAUGGACAAUCUCAUGGCUUUGCUGGGAUUCAGCACCUUGUGUGUACAGGUGGAAUUUUGUGUUUGAUUUUUUUAAUUAUUUUUUCUUACCUUUCAGAGGAGGAGAGACAAGACGAUGAGAACCAAGAUCUCAUUGGUAGCAGACUACAGGAGGACGUGGUAAGUUUUCCGUAUGAUUGCAGGUUAAUGAUGCUAGUGAAUGAACUAGAUAGGUAUGUUUGUAUUUCUUUUUGCUUUGUUUUGAUUUUGUUUAUGAAUUUUAUUAUUAACUUAUUAUCUUUCUGUAGUUGGAGCAACGUGGAAAACUUCAACGACCUUUGGCAAAAGAGGUAAUCCUAUACUGAAAUUAAAGAUUAUUUUUUUUUGAAUACUCCCCUUAACCCUCUCAUCUAAACUGUCUUUUCACCACUGAUGUUGCUCUUCUUUGAAAGUUAGUUUUUCUCUCCCUGCUUCCUUUUCUAUGAUUUCUAUGUCUGUUUUCAGUUCCGUUAGUUUUUAAGAUUCUCAGUGCAAAUGUUAUUGUUUUUUAGUUGGUUCCCCCUGAGCCUUCAGAGAUUCGACUACUUCGUGGUCACCAAGGACCAAUCACCUGCCUUGUAAUAACUCCUGACGAUCAACAUGUAUUCUCUGGAUCUAAAGACUGUUCCAUCAUCAAAUGUGAGCACUGGGAAUGCUAGAACAAGUUAUGACUAUGUAACUAUGGAUGGUUUUCUGGGAUGAUCAUAUUGUCAUUCUGCCUUUAAAUAUGAAUGUCAGUCUUCUGGGGAGAGUUCUAAAAGUGUAGCAGUGAACGGUAUAUUUGUUUCAGUGGUAACUGUUUGUUUUUGGAAUCCUACAAUUGCUCUUUACACAUAGUUCCCUAUGCACCUGCAUGUUUUGUAAACUACUCUUUUGUGUGUAUCCUCUGGCAGGGUCUACAUGUGAUGGGAAGAAGGUACAUAAGAUCCCAGGCGGUAGAAAGGGAAGUGAAGACAAGCAUGUUGGCCACACUGGACAUAUUCUAUGUAUGGCAGUAUCCUCAGAUGGAAAAUACCUGGUAAGGCAGUCGGCUGGUUGCUAAGUAACCAUGCUAUGCAUUUGGAGUUAUUUUAUUUUAAUGGUCAAUCUCUUUCGUCUAUACAGGCAUCUGGUGAUCGAAACAAGCUGAUCUUUAUUUGGAAUGCUGAGACAUGCCAGAAUCUUCAUAAAUUCCAAGGACAUCGAGAUGCAGUGUCUGUACGUGAAUUUCCUCCACUAUCUAAACCAGGCGUGUCAGUCAUUUGCUGUAAAGGACUUAAUCUUACAAUAAUGUACAUAUGGAUGGGCUUCUUUAACUCAAGAAAACAAAAACAACAAAAUACAUGCACAGAUUACACAAAUAUGUAAUUUUCAGUUCCCAAGUGCCACUUUGUUAAUUCUUCUGGUCAGUGCCAACCUAACUCUGCUGGUGAACAUACAAAUAAAUAGGAUUUUGAUUAUAUAGAAGUGACCCCUCUCAAGUAGAAACAAUCAAAAGGUAAUACAACCUUGAUAUGAGAACAGUUAUAGUAGCCUGGAAUAUCUAAAGGGAAAACAGACUUUACCUGGUGUGAUAAAGUAACACCAAAAUAGACACACAAUAUAAUUAGGAGGACUCACAAGAGUGUAAAUAAUGUCACUCAUCCUUAAAUGGGGCAUCUGGAAUAAAUAUUCUCCAACAUGAUGUAUAUCUUCCCAAACUUCACAUGAAGCAAAAAUAGUGCAGAUUGCAGGUAUAAAACAAGGAUUUAUUAAAAUUGCACUCACAAGAUAAAUGGUGCAUUAGGCAUGUCUACACUCCCAGUGGAUUUGGCUACAGCUACUGGUGUCUGAGUCAGCUCAAUGAGAAGUCUUUGCAAAACAGGUUCCCUGAGCAUUUGCGGUCUCUUGAGUUUAGCUCCACUGAGCUAAUCAAUCCAGGCCGUAACAUGACCUGUUGCCUACCAUGCAGUGUAACCAGGUUCAUUUAUAAUUGAGUCAAUUUUCAUUGAAAUAUGAUUUAUUUUGUUUGUAAAAGGAAAAAAUGACACCCUCUUCACUCACAGCUUUUUAGCAAGCUAAACUGAUUAGGCUGAUAGUGUCCCUUUAAGUAGGUAAUGAUGGGAGUCUGUGCAGUGCCGCUCUAAUUCAAAAAGUAGCAUAUGGAAUUCAUUCUGAAGGAUAGACCAGAGAAGAUGUGGGGAGCAGGAUAAAAACUGUUUAACUGUUGUGGAGAGACUUUAAGGAUGUUGGCAAUGGUAAAGUAGAUCCGAUUUCAGAGGGAGGUUGGCUGUAUCUGGAGUGGGGUAUUGACCAUAGUAGAGAGCACAGGAGGCAAUAGGUGAAUGAAUGUAGGAACACAAAGUAAAUAACUUUUUUAAUAUGCAUCUUACACAAUGAGUUGACCUCCGUUUCCUUACAUUCAUUCACCAAUUUCAUUUUGUACGAACAGUUAACCACUCUAGUAAGAUGAGAGAGAAAACUGUACCGCAUGCUUAAAAAAACAGCCAACUUGAGUGAUGAGCCUCACAACCCUGAUCUAAAAUAAUGAAUUUUGUUUUUAUUUUAUUUUUUUUAUUGGCUUCAUAUUUUCAUCUUCUCUUUUUACUCUUGCAGGGUUUAUCCUUCCAGAAGGGCAAACAUCAGUUGUUCAGUGCAUCACACGAUCGCUCUGUUAAGGUGUGGAAUGUUGCUGAAAAUUCCUACAUCGAGACGCUGUGA